AUGUCCUGUUCUGGAGGCAGCAUCUACAAAGGUUGUGGUACUAGGUGUCCCUCUACCUGUUUGAACAUGUCAGUGGUUGAUUCGUGCAGUUCCUUGCCAGUGGAAGGUUGCUUCUGUAAGGAAGGCUAUGUUUUGAGUGGAGACAAAUGUGUGCCAGAAAGCAGCUGUGGUUGUGUUGAUGAAAAGAAACAGUAUCACCAGCUGGAUGAAAGCUGGUUCACCAGUUAUCCCUGCACUGAACGCUGCACCUGCAAGGCUAAUAACACCAUUGUAUGCACAUCCUGGGAGUGUGGAGUCCGAGAGGAAUGCAGUAUUCAGGAUGGUGUGCUGGGCUGUCAUUCCAAUGGACAAGGAAUAUGUCAAGUGGCAGGAGACCCCCACUAUCUCACUUUUGAUGGAAUGAUGUACACUUUUGUGGGUACCUGCACCUACACCUUGGUUGAGGUUGUCAACAGCAACAGUGUCAUUCCUAUAACCAUCCUUGGCAAGAAUGAAGACAGAGGACUAAGAGGGGCCACGUACCUGAAAGAAGUCUACAUAGAUAUAUAUGGUAUACGAAUCACCCUUCAGAAAAGCCAAGCAAUCCUGUUGAACAAUGAGAGAGUCUACACUCCAGUGGAGAACCGGUUGCAAGGCGUGUCCAUUGGAAAUGUUGGCAGAUUUAUAGUAGUGGAAACUGACUUUGGUGUGAUAGUGAAAUAUGAUGGCAAUCACCAUCUGGAAAUCACCCUCCCACAGUCUUAUUUCUCAAAGGUACAUGGCAUGUGUGGUAACUUCAAUGAUAAUCAUGAAGAUGAUCUGUCCCUGCUCAAUGGUACACUUGUCAGUGUCACACAGUUUGGAAACAGCUGGAAAGUGGAGGAAGACAGUGAUGCAGGUUGUUUAUCAGACUUAAGAGAAGACGAUGUUCCUCCUUGCACUGCUGAGAACAAACCAGUCAUUGAAAGCCAGUGCAAUGUCCUAAACUCAGGCAAAUUCAAAGCAUGUCAUGAUCUAGUCAAGCCUCAAGACUUCAUACAGAUCUGCGUCUAUGACAUGUGCCGGUAUGAUGGCAUGAAGUCCACUCUCUGUGACAUAGUUCAAGUCUAUGUGGACACCUGCAAGAAUUAUGGAAUCACCAUUACAUGGAGGAAUAGCACAUUCUGUCGUUUUGGGAGAUGCCAGAUCAUGGGCGAUCCACACUACAUCACCUUUGACGGUCUGGUGCACCACUUUCAAGGGAAAUACACAUAUAUACUGGCUCAGACCAUCCCUGACCUACCUGAUACUCUGACACAGUUCAGCAUUGAAGGCAUGAACUAUCCUCUUCCUCGAAAUCGACACAUUACUUACCUGAAAGAGAUUCUCAUCAAUGUUUACAAUCACACAGUGCGAUUCAGGCAGAACAAGCAGCUAGUGUUGGAUGGUGUGAGGGUGAGACCCCCUGCUCGUCCUCAUGAAGGUAUUCGUAUAUAUCAGAGUAUAACAAGAAUUCACCUGGAGACAGAUUUUGGCUUAUACCUGGGCUUUGAUGGCAACCAAAAUGCAGACAUAAAGCUGGCCAACACCUACAGAAGCAGAGUGGAAGGCUUGUGUGGUAACUUCGAUGGGAGAUACAGAAAUGACUUCACAAAUCCAGACGGUGUUUGGGUGAAGAGCGUGAAUGUAUUUGGUGAGAGCUGGAAAGUUCCUCUGAAAAGAACAACCUCUCGUCUCAGACGAGAUAUCAAUUCAGAAGAUGAGUCUGAGGAGGAACCAGAUCCAGGGCUCUUCCAAGGCUGCAAUGAAAAACAGCUGAAGCAAGAAAACAGAACUUCUAGAUGUCAUAUCCUGAUUGACUCAAACGGUCCUUUUGCAAACUGUCAUUCUACAGUCUCACCAGAUUCCUAUUUCACGAGCUGCCUGUUUGAUAUGUGUGUGGAAGAUGAAGAUGCUACCUUAUGUCGCAGUCUGGAAGAAUACGUGCUGGCUUGUCAGCAGCAAGAAGUCAAUAUGGAAGGCUGGAGACAAAAGACAGUUUGUGGUAUAUCAUGUCCUGCCAACAGCAACUACAGCUCAUGCAUGUCUGCAUGCCCCGCAUCCUGCAGUGACCUGACCAGCCCCUCUGAGUGCGAAUCACCUUGUGUUGAAGGCUGUGAAUGUCUCCCUGGCUAUGUUCUUAGUGGUUUUGACUGCGUGCCUUACAAACAAUGUGGCUGCACAUACCUUGACAAAUACUAUGAGAUUGGAGAAGUAUUCACCACUGAUGACUGCUCUCAGAUAUGCCAGUGCACAGAAAGCUCCAGUGUCUCCUGCUCUAACACAGUGUGUGGAUCUGAUGAAAUCUGUGGCAUUUCAAACUACACUCAUGGAUGCUACAGGAGUGGACCGUGUAUGCCAAAUCCUUGUAAGAACGAUGGAGUUUGCUCUGAAACGACCAAUGGCACCUCUCUCCAAUUCUACUGUGAAUGUACAGAACUGUACACAGGACCAAGCUGUGAGGCUGAAAAGAUGGAAGACCCUUCUCCUACAGAGAACCAUACAAUUGCCAUCGUCAUUGGAGUUGUGGCAGGUGUAGUUGUUAUCAUCAUUCUCAUCUCCUCUACAGUGUACCUGUACAG